AUGGCUUCUUUUGUGCCACAAAAGCCUAUGACGCCACCGCCCUCUUCCAAGGCGCCGCGUCGGAACAUGAUUCGUGCUACCUCCUCGGCCUCUCCACAGCAGUGCGGAACGAGUUCCAAAUCCAGCCCAGUCGUUCUGGUGGACGUUCCAGAGUCUGCGACGAGCCCAUCGCCAUCCAUCAGCAUGCUGUCACAGGUUCUGUCGGAUUCGCACGAAUUCAGGGUGCACUUCGAGGAAAAGCCCGAGAUCAUCUUGUUUCUGAGUGCUGACGAGGACGUGCCCGAAGAGCUUCCAGGUUUUACUGAGGAAGAUAAGCGCACAAACUCAGAUGAGAUCAACCAGCCAAGCUCCUCGACUUCGGUGCCGCCACAGACGGGCGAAACCCCGUUGGCAGCGCCAGGGAUACCACCCGCUCCCCAUGACUUGUGUGAAGGAGGUCUGGCAGACCUGGCUGCAGAAAGGCGCGCCGCCAUGCUCAGGAAGCUCUUCCCGCCUCAAGACCCAAGUGAGCCCUGA